CUGAGGUGGAGAACCGGCCAUCGGGUACUUUUUGUCACAGAGCUCUGUCUCUCUGUCUGAAAAAGGCAGAUGGCCGUCAGGAAUUUUGCCUCCCAGUGUGCUGUGUUUGUGUGAAGAAGCAGCCUGGCUCUCCAGCACUUCACCUCCUAGAGACCGUCUCGGACUGAAUGGUGCUGGGCUGUCCAUCGAGCAUUUCUCUUCCUGGAAGGCUGCCUUUCUGGUUCUUCUGCGUGCGCUUCGCAAGCUCUCAAGCCUCACUUGACAGACCCUUGGAGCGUAGGCGCAUGCGUCGGCUCCCGCAGGACCUGGCGCAGGCGCCCAACACGCAGGGCGGUCAGGCUGUGCUCGUCGCGUCCGAGGAGCAGUUCAAGGUGUUCUCGCCGCCCAAGAUGAGCGCCAAGACCAAGUUCAAGCUGACGGCCCACGAGGGCUGCCGUGUGCGCAAGGUGGCCCUGGCCACGUUUGCCAGUGUGGCCUGCGGCGACUACGCCGAGACCUGCCUGGCCUGCCUCACCAACCUGGGCGACGUCGUAGUUUUCCCGGUACCGGACGCUUGCAGCGCGCACAGCUUCUCCAGUGCCCGGGGCCUGCGGUGCGCAGCGUCCAGCAGCACCCAGUGGCCGGUGGCUUCUCCCAGCGACAACCUCUUCUUGCACCUGCUGGUUCGUCCCCUCCGGAGUUUGCCGUGAAGUCUGAAACUGGCACCCUCUACGUGGAGGGCAAGGAGAGACCGAAGAAAGAGGCAGAUCACUCCAGAUUGCUUUCCGCAGAAGACAAACUCUG